AUGCAUUCCAUCGCACAGUACCCCCCGCCACUAUCAGAAGAUCACCUUCUAUCGCUAUCCAUCCAGAUUCAAGACUGGCUGCUCAACCAUGGCUCCCUGAUCAAGGACAUCAACACUCAGACCGCCCUAGAAUUGCAGUCUAUCUACAACGAGCUCUACUGUGCCGUGGCUGAAGAUGAACAGUGGAUUUUGAGCGCGAUUGAGGAUCUUCUACCCAUCGACCCGCUCGCUGUGGCGCUCUGGAAAAUUCACCAAGAGGUGAAGCAACUGGGAGGAUACGUCCAGCCGAUCAGUGCCGGCAUAUUCCGCUCUGAUUAUAUGCUUCAAGAUGAAAACACAGACACCAAUGGCGAACCGUCCAGCAUACCACACGGGUCACUUAAACAAGUCGAGUUCAAUACAUUCUCGUGCGCCGGGGCUUCCCAUGCCAACAAAAUCGUAGACAUGCACAGACACCUUGCAAGAGCCGGCGUUUACAACGCCAACAGCACUCCGAGCGAAGACGACACAGACAGCAGCCAGCUCAUAGUUCCCUCCAAUCUCCCACGCAACCGUAACAUCGAGACUCUAGCAGCCGGGCUAGCCUCCGCCCACGCAGCCUACGGCCCACCGAAAAGCAAAGUCACAAGCAAAACAGCAGUUCUAAUCGUCAUCCAAGACCAAGUAUUCAACUUCAACGUGGCCGACGAACGGCCUAUCGAGUACGCCCUCUGGGACCAAGACCCGCCAGUCCCAACCUACCGGCUCAACUUCGGCGACGACACCCUCGAAGACACGUCCCUCACAGCCACAGGAGAACUCCUCUUCCACCCCCCGUGGCUCAACUCCACGACCCCCAUCGAGAUCUCCGUCGUCUACAUGCGCGCCGGCUACGAAGCCCACGAGUACGACAAGGUCGGCAUUCGCGCUCGCCUGCGUCUCGAACGCUCCCGCGCCAUUAAAUGUCCUUCGCUCCUCGCCCACAUCGCAACCUUUAAGAAAGUCCAGUACGCGCUCACCCGCCCUGGCACCCUAGAGCACUUCCUCACUCCCGAGAAAGCCGCCGCCGUCCGCGCCACCUUCGUUCCGAUGUACCCUAUGGACGAGUCGCCUGCGGGCCAGGAAGCCCGCAAGCUCGCGACAGACCCGGUGCUCGCGGAGGACUACGUGCUGAAGCCCUCCCUCGAGGGAGGCGGGCAUAAUGUCUACGGCGAUGCGAUCCCGGACUUCCUAGCCUCCCAGCCGCCGUCGAAAUGGGGCGCGUAUAUCCUGAUGAAGCGCAUUCCGUCGCCGUUCGCGGCCAAUAUGUUGAUGUCGUCUGUUGGGAUGAACUCGGGCGGGGUGAUCUCGGAAUUGGGGGUGUUUGGAUCGUGUCUGUGGCGGACGGGUGGAGAUGGCCGGCCGUGCGAGAUGUUGGAGAAUUCGCUGGCUGGGUGGUCAUUUAAGACGAAACAUCAGUAUACUGAGGAGAUAAGCGUGGUUAAGGGGUAUGGGUGUUUUGAUACGCCUUUGUUAGUUUAA